UCCCUCUGCUAUUUUAUAUCUACACAGCUUCAUUCUCACCAUGCCAAAACUUCAUUGCUUCUUCAACAAAGCCUUUAAAGCCUCCAAAUGUGCAACCUUGCUCAAGCUCACAAUUCCUCGUAUAAAGUUGCUUAGAAACAGAAGAGAGGUUCAGCUAAAGCAGAUGCGAAAUGACGUUUCUAUGUUACUUGAGGCUGGUCAAGAAACCAAGGCUGUUAUUAAGGUGGAGCAUGUUAUGAGAGAGGAGAACAUGGUGGCUGCUCAAGAUAUCAUUCAAAUCUUCUGUGAACUUAUUGUUGCACGCCUUCCCAUGAUUCAAUCGCAAAGGGAAUGUCCCCUUGAUUUGAAGGAAGCAAUAUCUAGUGUAUGUUUUGCUGCACCAAGAUGCGCUGAUCUGCCAGAGUUAAUGCAGGUUCAGUCGCUAUUUGCUUCCAAAUAUGGAAAGGUUUUUGUAUCUUCAGCAGCUGAUGUCACCCCUGACUGCAGUGUCAAUCGCCAGUUAAUAGAGCUGUUGUCGGUUCAAGCACCUUCAGAGGAAAAGAAACUCAACCUUCUGAAAGAAAUUGCUGUUGAGCAUAAUUUAGAUUGGGAUCCAACUGCUUCAGAAACCAAGUUCCUUAAAACACAUGAGGACUUACUUAAUGGCCCCGUUAAAUUUUGCAGUCAAUGUGAGUCAAAACUUCCUCUUCCUGAAGAAAAACACAGUGAAAUUGAUCUUCACUCAUCAAGCCAAUUUGGAUCACUUGAAAAAGAUAAACCCCAUACUUCAUUUGGUAAAAAAGAAAGUAAACAGUGCAUGUCUUUCAAGUCAGCUCCCUACUUGUCUUGGACAAAAACUGAAGCCAAACUAGACUCACAGGAUGUGUUGGCUGCUGCUGAAACUGCUGAAAUCCGUAGUACAAAGCAUACCAAGAAAAUUAGAGCAAAUGUGCCAGAUAGCAGCUUUGAGAAUCCAUUUUGUACAAGUGUUGCUAAUAAAUCUGAAACAGAGAAGGAACAUUUCACUGAACAAAAUACUGCAAUUGACCAUGAUGGUGGUGUCAUAAAUGAUGUGGAACAUGAGCAUGCCUUCUCAUGCUCUCAUUCAUCAAGUUUUUCUUCGUUUGAUACGCCCAAGGAAGACUCUGGUUCUUCCCUACACAAUCAGUUUGUACUCGAUGACAAAUCCCCUCAUCAGCUUAACAGAUUGCCUUCAGUGGAUGCUUACUCUGAUUUCUCAUAUCCCAACUUAUUCACCUCACAAAACCCAAAUAUUGGAUUUCAUAAUUCAAAUAAUAGGCAUUCUAGUCAAGAUUGUGACAGACAAUUCUAAUACUACUACACAUUUUUCCUUGUGACUUUUAAGUUGCUCGGGAGUGUGUAUUGUACUGCUGCAUAAGUUAUUUGGAUUUUUGGUCGAAUUAAAUACAUAUUAUGUC